AUGGAGCGUCCUGAUUAUGCACCCGGGACAUCGGAGAUUGGGUCCUUGACCGCUCACUCUAAUGAGGACAGCCAAUUCGUAGGCAGCUCCAGUGGAGUCUACUUCAUCAACACGGUCAAACGAGCAUUUUCAAAUGGACUUGAAGAAUCUGGGUCCCGAGAGACCGAUUUUCCCACUGCAGAAGACACCCUUGUCGGAGCGCAUGAUUCGCCACCGCACAAGCGUCUACGUACAGAGUCCAGAGAUGAACAAUCCUCGUCAGGAGGCGAACCUUCUCCGUGGAAUUAUGAUCCAGCUCUCGCCUACUUGGGUACUGCACCCCCUCCAGAGCAGGCAAAGGAGUUUAUGAUGUCGUACUUUAAAGUGUGGCACCCGCUUUUUCCGUUCCUUCAUGGUCCUACCUUCCUGCAGGCUAUGGAGAAGUUGUACACUGAUAGUCCCACGCCCAAUCAACGGGUUGAAGACUCUACUUCGGCGCACAGAACUACCUGCUGGACAGUUAUUCUGCAAUGCGUAUUCAACUUAGGGAGUCUCUUGCAUCCUGAUCUACAAAUCUCGACUGCAUCUAAAAUCAAGUCGCCCGGCAGCAUGACACCUCUCCUCUCGACAUUGGCAUCUCGACAUGACCUCGUCUCCUUGCAGGCAUUGCUAGCAGUCCAGGUUUAUCUUGUUGCUACCAUGUCUCUGCGACUGGCAUCCACUUUUGGAGGGUGUGUCCUGCGCUCAAUGCUCCAUGCAGGUUUACAUCGCUGUCCAUUUCGAUACAGCCAGCUUUCCUCGCAUGACCGACAACUUAGGAAGCGUAUUUUCUGGUGCGCGUAUGCAAUUGAUCGGUAUCUGAGCCAGGCCCUCGGCUUGCCACUUGGUAUUCAAGACUCAGAUAUUGAUGUAUGUUUGCCAGCGGCGCCUGAAAUGCAUUCCCCGCGUCUUAUCCGCAAUUUAAGUAUGCAUCCGGACGUUUCUCAAUCACCUUGUGUUGCGGAGAGUCAAGAUCAAACAGCAGAUCACCGAAAGAAAGAAAAUGUCAUAGCCAGUUAUGUUGAUUCCGGCACACUUACCGGCCGCGCACUGGAACUAUUCCACAAAUCUAUUUUGGUUCGCUCUGUUCGCCGCAGCUCGGUUCUGUUUUUGGUGACUGAUGUCCAUAAAUGGUGGAAUAGCUUACCUCUGGAGUUACAAGGAAAGGAGUCCGGCCACAGAAAAGAAAUGGGGAAUGAUAACCCCUUUGAUUUUGGUCCUUUUUUCACUGUUCUAUAUCAGCACUUGAUAUUAAUCAUCCACCGCCCAUCUUUAUCUUUGGAUCCGUCGACCGCAGAGUUUUGUUCAGGAUUACAAAUAUGCAUUGGAGCCGCGCGAAGCAUUCUUGCUGCGUUGAAAACUCAAUCGGAUAGUCGGCAAGCUUUAUUCUGGCCUGGCUUUUUGUCUGCUGCAUGGAUGUCAGGCUUGGUUCUCGCCUUUGCUUGUCAGUUAAAGCAAUAUGUUCUAACAAAAGGUGUACAUGAAAUCGAUAACUGCUCAGAAUUCCUUCGUCGCAUGUCCAGUCAGUGGGAAACAGCUGGACAAUGUCACCGUGCGUUGUCUUUACUGUCUAAAAAAAUAAAAAAGAUGGACAAUAAUCAACAAAACAUAUCGAAUCCUCAUGCAUAUACCGUGAUGACGCCAGACAGAAACCCAGGCUCUAUUGAUUCCAUUGAUAGUCGGGAACGAAAGGGAUUCCAACAAGACGAAAUAUCUUCCAAUGAUGGUCAUCGCACAGAGGUAGGAUAUGCAGGCAUCAUUCCCGAGCCAAGGCCCGAGAUCAACCCAAUGCCUUCCAGAUACAAUGAACCGGGUAGCGAUUCCAUCCUCGCCGAGGAUAUAGGAUUCCAAAGCGAGGAUGCUGGAUACCUGGCUGGAGGAUCUAGCUUUGACUUGAACAUGGUUGAUCUGCUAGAUGGAGCGGACUUCGAUUCCCUAUUCGACCUGAUCGGUCAACAAUAUCCAAGUUUCUAG